CUCUUUUGGAUACCAUACCAUGUUCAGCUCUUUGAUAUACAGACCUUUGCUCUGUCUAUGUGCCAUAUUAAUAAACUUCAGUUUGGUGGAUUCUACGUUUCUUUUUACCACCAACUCCGAGUAUGGGAUAUUCAUGGCCAUAUCGGUGCCCAUUGGCUUGCCACAUCGCAAUGUCUUCCUGUCUUAUAACUACGAGUUUAACUACUAUCAGCCGGAGCACGUGUACAAGUAUCCCCCUAUCUUGAUGGGUCAGGACUUUGAGGAUAGCUAUCUGACGUAUCCCACCACGGGACGUGAGGCCAAGGAGGGAUACUGCUAUAAUUGCACAGAUUGGAGAAUUGCUGGGAAUAGCACCACCUCAAGUAAUUCCUCGACUAAAGCUGCACCGCGAGAAAAGCGCGCCCUAACACUAAUGAGCAGAUCUGUGUUCUAUGCCAUGUUAAGGGAUAAAUUAAGAAGAUCUGGUUUUCCUGCCGAAGCCUGUCUGCUGCGCCUGAUAUGCGAUACAAAUGCCUCUCAGCUGGGUGAGGUGAAUGGAUUUUUGGGCAGCCUAGUUCACAUAAUAUUCAGUCCCAGCAGCUCCAAGGACGAGCACCUGCCCCAUGAGUACUACCAAGCCGAGUGGGAUGGUCGACAGCAUCAGGAGUGUUCCGCUUACUCCAAAGCCUGCGACCAAGACAUCUUGAACCUGAUUUCUGUGCCACUGGAGCAGGCUCUGGGCGAUCUUGUAAGCCGACGGCGAAGAAAAUAA